AUGGAUCUUCAGGCGGUACGUAUGGAGGUCAGAGAGACCUUAAAUUCCAUCCAUGAGAUGAACUACUUUAAAGGCACCAGAGGACCUACCGAGAGAGUGAAGAUGUCUUUCACGCUGAAGGAAUUCUUAUACCGUUAUUUGUAUUACCUGAUUUGUGAUGAGGGUAAGAAUUUGCCACAGUUAUUUGAUACUGCUCCUGUUGGCCUAUUUCCUAAGGAUUUAAAAGAGAUCAAAGAUAUAGACCUGGUAUGGGCAACUAAAUCAAACUCUUUCUUUACCAUUGACAAAGAAAAAGUUACUAAAGUCCAUAGACAUAGUGGGAGAAACUGUGGUAGGAAGUUUAAGAUCGGUGAGCCGCUAUAUAGAUGUCAUGAAUGUGGAUGCGAUGAGACCUGUGUCUUAUGUAUAUUUUGUUUCAAUCCAGAGGACCACGUAGGCCACCAUGUCUACACAGAUAUAUGCUCUGAUGUGACCAGUGGUAUAUGUGACUGUGGCGAUGAAGAAGCGUGGAAUGUACCAUUGAAUUGUAAAGCUGAAUUAGAGGAGAAAAAUCAGGAAUCUACAGGUGAAAGCAAUGCUUCAAAUGAAAACACAUUCAUGAAACCCGAGACCACUCAGCUAAUAGAAGUCAUAUUAGAAGAGGUAAUAGAUCAUUUCAUUGAUGUAUUUAAUCAAAACUUGGAACCACUACCCACUUUUCAACAUGCCAUAUCUUUGAAGCUGAAGUCACACACUCAAUUUGGCAAAAUAAAAGAAAGAAGUGAAUUUUUGAACGAUUUCAAGUAUAAGAACUUCUAUAAUUCAGCGGCAAAUUAUGGCGAGACAAAUGAAAACAGUAGUUCUAACGAAAAUAUACCAGAAGAAAAUAUGGAUAAAGAUUCGGAUGAAGUAGCUGACGAUGUAGCGAGUACCGGCGGCGUUUUACAAGCCGAUAAAACCUCUGAAGAUUGUCCGACGGAGCCUAAGCAUUACACAGUUAUGAUUUAUAACGAUGAGUUCCACAAUUACUCACAAGCAACUACAGCUUUAAGACAAGGUGUUCCAGAUAAUGUACACACGGAUCUUUUGACUUCAAGAAUCGAUAGCGAGGGAAGAGCAAUGUUAAAAUGUUCUAUGGAUUUAUCCUCUGUGAUGGGCGGUUUUUUUGCGGUACAAACAAACGGGUUAACCGCAACCUUAACUUCGUGGGAUGAAUACAUUCAUCAAGAAGCAUGCAAACAUCUAAUAUUUUGGAUUACUCAUUGUUUAGCUAUUCCUGAUCCUGAUUUUCAAAACACUUUCAGGGACGCUUUAGGUAAGGUAUUAUGCUCUCAAUACGACUCCACCAAGACUGUUGACAUGAAUCCGUUUAUAAAUAAGCAUUUUGAACAUCUUUUUGAAGAGGAAGGUAAUCAUGAUUGUCUCAACAUGUCUGUCCUUGCACCUGGUAACAAAAUUCCUCUAGGCAAACACAAGGCCUUGAGUAAUGAUUCGAUUGACAAAAUUUCUACAGGUAUUAAUGAACUAAUAGAAAUAAAGGAUAAGAAUUAUACUAAUUCGAGAGUCCAAUAUUUAUUAUAUUUUGAUAACAGGUACUGGAAGAGAUUGAGAAAAGAGGUACAAAAUAUGAUUAUCCCAACACUCUCCUCAUCUUUUACCUACAAACCAUAUUUCUGCAGACAAGUUGUUGAGAUAUUCAACCAUAUGACUAGGUCAGUAGCUUAUAUGGACAGAGAGCCUCAACUAACUGCUCUUAGAGAAUGCAUUGUUCAAUUGUUUACAUGUCCAACCAAUGCUGCUAUGAUAUUUAAUGAUGGUAGUUUUAUUGACAUUGUAUGGUCUGUAUUUGACAUAUUUGCAGAAUUUUGUAAAUAUGAUGGUCCAUUAUUGUUAUGGCAAAGAGUACAAAAAAGUAACCCUACGAAGAGUUAUAGCAUUUCGUUCAAACAGGGUCUUUAUACAGUAGAAACUCUUCUGAGUAAAGUUGCUGACCCCAAUAUUCCACUCCGUGCCCCUGAAUUUGUCUCAAUAGUAACCUUAUGCAAAAUAUUCAAUGGUGCAUGGAAAUUAAAACGGAAGGAGGGUGAACAUAUCUUACACGAGGACCAAUACUUUAUUCCAUAUCUAGAAUACACGACAUCAAUUUACAGCAUCAUUCAAACCAUAGAAAAGAUUAUGGAGCAAUUCAAAGAGCAGAUUGAUACAAAUUUACUGAGGAAUGCCAUUAAACUCGUAAACACUUUCCUGGCACAUAGGUCUCUUACUUACAGGGAAGUGGCUGGCACCCAUGAGAUCAUCAAGUUUGAGGUUAGUCGCGAGCCAGUUGCAUAUAUGAAUCCAGUUCAAACGCUUUUUUCAUUUUUGAUUGAAAAAACGUCUCUUACAGAAGCAAAAGAAAUAGUUUUAAGAGAUUGUAACGACUUCUUGAAAAUUUCGGACUUUUCCUUAAGAGCAGUUGUACUAUGUGCGCAAAUUGAUGUUGGCUUCUGGGUGAGAAAUGGUGUGUCAGUUCUUCACCAAGCAUCCUAUUAUAGGAACAACCCCGAGCUGAACUCAUAUUCCAGAGAUAUACACUUGAACCAAUUAGCUCUUUUAUGGGAAGUUGAUGAUAUUCCAAGAAUUCUAUACAAUAUUCUCGAUAGAUGGGAAUUAUUAUCAUGGUUCACUGGGGAAACCGAAUAUAAUAACACCGUUUAUGAAGAUAAGAUUGGCCUAGUUAUUCAGCAAUUCAUUACAUUCCUAUACCACCUUCUCACUGAGAGGAGAUUUUUUAAAAACUAUGCCAGCGCCAAGGAAAAGAGGUUUUCACAAAUAAAAACAUCCAUAAUGUACAGCUUGUACACUAAGCCUCUAUCGUAUUCUAAACUUCUAAAAAAUGUCCCCGAUUACCUUUCAGAGGAUGGAACUGAAUUUGACAAGGCACUAUCAGAAGUAUCUACUUUUAUGGAGCCUAAAGGACUAGCUGAUAAUGGUGUAUUUGUGUUGAAGGACAAUUUAUAUUCGAAAAUUGAUCCACUGAGGUUAGAUAAUUUGGAAAAUGAAUUUGAAAGUAGUGCUAGCAUAAUCAAGUCACAUUUGGCAACAUCAAAGGAAGAUGUCAAUAAAACAAUUCUGGUUCCGCAACUGAUACAUCCAAAACACUUAGAUCCAUUGACUAUGCGCUUAGGUGCUUUUACCAGAACUGGUGUGUUUGCCAAACUAAUGUACAAAUUGCUACAGGUAUGUUUAGAUACUGAGAACGGAUUAUUUUUAAAUGAAUUAUUACACCUGAUACAUUGUGUUUUUAAGGAUGACGAACAGGUAAAUGGCAAAUCGUCUAUUCCUCAAAACUUCAUUUCCAAAUCAAUCUGUAAUCUUUUCUUGAGUAUUGCAAAUGCUAAAUCUGAUAUCUUUUCUGAAAGCAUAACCAGCAAGGCCGAUUAUUUAUUGGAAGUAAUGAUAAGAAAAAAUCCUGAGGAUGUGUUUGACUCUCUCAUUACUGGAUUCGGUUUAGAAUAUGUUGAUGAGUAUAAGACGAAAAAGCUAAAUCAAGGUGUUAUCUUAGAGGAAACUGAAAAGGAAAAGAAGAAAAGACUGGCAAAGAAACAUCAAGCAAAAUUGAUGGCAAAAUUUAAUAGUCAACAGAGUAAAUUCAUGAAGGAGAAUUCUGCAGUUUUCGAUGAUAAAGAAAACGAACUAGAUAUGCUCGGUAACAAAAUAACUGCCUCCGAAGACUUUACAUGCUCUUUAUGCCAAGAUGACACUUCUGAUGACUUUUUCGUAGUUCCUGUUUAUCAUGACUUUUCACCGGCCUUUAGAGAGGCAGAUGUGUAUUCUGCAGAAGAUUAUAGCGGUAAAGUUCAUGGAUUUUUUAAUGACGAAGAAAAGGCGUCUGCCACAGAUGCAACUGUUUUGGAAGACUUGAGACUCAAUUCUGAAAUGGGUUCUAGAAAGGUGUUUGUUUCAUGUAAUCACCACAUCCAUCAUAAUUGUUUUAGAAGAUAUAUUCAGAAAAAGAGAUUUUCCUCAAAUGCAUUCAUAUGUCCACUAUGUCAGACUUUUUCUAAUGCCGUGAUUCCUAUAUGUCAAACUGAUAAAUCUGAGGAAGCUCUAAAUUUAAACAGUUUUGGUAUGCCUAUGCCUAUUCUUGAUAUUGUAUCUCGUCUGUUUAAGAACUUUACAGUAUCUAGAUACAAGAGCAUCCAUUCUAUUUUCAACUUAAUUUUACCACAGAUUAAUUCAUUUGACAAAAUUAUAAGGAAGUCCUCUGAAUUCAAUGACACUGAUACCUCGUUAAUCAUGGCUGCUCACUGGGCGAAUACUAUUAGUAUGCUUGAAAUCUCAUCACGUCUUGAUCCUCCUGAUACUAAUUCAUAUAUUAAGGGUAGAGAACAGAAAUUUAAAACUCUGGGCAACAUUCUGAUUUCUAUGUCACUUUUCUAUUAUAUCAUGGGCAAACCUACAAACAAGCUCGAAAUUUAUGAUUCAUCUUCAGAAAGUGGAAAUUGUUACAAUCAAGUUCUUCAAUAUAUUGUAAAAAGUACGUUGUUUGAAAAUACACCUGUUAAGGAAGCUGUAUCAAGGGUUAUGUUUGUUUUGAUCAAACAAACCGUCCAGUCCUAUUUUAAAUGUAUGUGGAUGAAUGAUUCAAGAGAAGACUAUCAAUUCUCAGAUAUGUUCAAAGAUGGAUAUGAAGCUCCUGAGUUAGUUGUAUCAGCUAUCAGACAAUUUGAAAAUGAGUACUUCAAGACCAAUAUUUCGAAAACAAGGGAAGUACAUGAGAAGGAUCAAGCAUAUUACAAUAUAAUAUAUUCUUUCCUACUUAACCAAAUUGUUCCAAGUUACAAGCGAGUGUUCAUCAUGUUAAAGGUCUUCCACAAUUUGGUGAAGGAGUCAGAAGAUCAACCACUAAUAAUCGACGAUGUUAACAUAGAGAGCGACAUCUCCAUAGAGGACUAUGUAUCUUUUGCUAACUCAGCAACACCAUUACUGACUGAAUUUACAGACUUCGAUGACAUGUUUGUGCAAGCAUUGUUGGACUCGAAAUUCACUGAGGGAAACGACACCUACUUGAAGGAUAUUCCGCAUGAAUACCCAGGUGUUGUGAAAUUGAUUAACUUGAAGAAAUAUUUGAAUACUUAUGUCACAGACUCAAAACAAUUCAAGCUGCUUGAGGAGGCACUGACGAAUGUUAUUAACCCUAAGAAUAGACUUGACUUCCGAAUUUGUUUGACUUGUGGUAUGAAAGUCCAUCUGAGAACCGACCGUAGAGAAAUGUCACGUCACUUGACUAAUUGUUUCUCAUCUUUUGGACUUUUCUUAAUGCCCAACACCAGUGAAGUUUGUUUAUUCCUGAGCCAACCACCAUCUAACAUCUUUAUCUCAGCUCCUUACUUGAAUUCUCAUGGUGAGGUAGGAAGAAAUGCCAUGAGAAGAGGGGACCUGACCACAUUGAAUUUGAAAAGAUAUGAACAUCUGAACAAGCUGUGGAUCAACAAUGAGGUGACAGGCUACAUAAGUAGAGUCAUGGGAGAUGAGUUCCGUGUGAACAUUUUAUCAAAUGGAUUUUUGUUCGAAAUCACAAGAGGACAAAGAUUCCCCACUAGGCCCACGGAGAUAGAUGAGGACAACGAUUUCUAUGACGAUGAGGAGAUUAGAGACGUUGACAUGGAUGACGAAGACUUGGCAAGAGGGGCCAAUGGUAUUGUUGGAGGGCCAGCCGCGGCAGCGGCAGCAGCCACCACACUCUUUGGCUUCCCUAAUGCGGCUGGCGCCCAAGGGGAUGUUAGAGACUUCUUUCAAAUCUUUGAAGAUUUCAGAGAUGCUGUACAAAACGGUGAUAACGAUGAGCAGGAUUUCCGUAUGGACCUAGAAGAUACUGACGGAAAUACCUGGCAAAACCAGGACCAAGAAGACACUGACGAUGAGCCUGAAUGGUGA